UCUCCAUCUUUACAAAAAUCAAUUCAACAGAUCAAAGACCUGUAUGCAAGGCAUGAAACUACUAGAAGGAAAUGCUUGGUAUUUUACACGUAUGCCUAAACAAGACAUUCCUCUUCAGAGUGGACGUGCCCCCAGUCAAAUAAGUUUCUUCGUUGUUCCUUGGUGUUUUCUCUCAAGACCUUUUUCUGCACACCUCUUAGAAUCACCAAAUCUCUCUUCCGUGGGAUGUAGCAUCCUGGAAAUGACGUGCCGGGGAUUCCCCUGAGCAGUGGGCAACACUGACUCCUGACAUAACUUCAUCUGCAUGGUCUUCAAUGAAGACCUUUGAGGAAAAGGGAGAAAUGGGGGUGGGGGUCAGCACGAGUGCAGAAUGCUGAAGAGGAAAGCCAGAGUCCCUGUGUGGGCCUUUACAGAAGUGCUGGGGGAACCGGCUGCUGCUUCUAUAGUGCGUUGAGAACGUAAAAGGCAACAGUUUUACAGAUUUUGUCAAUACUCAGCAGACCUUGGGAGAUUCCAGAGAGAACAGUCCGUUCCUUUCCCGGAUGUUUGAGCGGACUUGCAACUUUUGUAACCGCUUGAUUGGAGCCGGUUUCCAAACAGCCGGCUCACUCCAUCUUGUUCAUCUCCAAAGGCGGCUCACUCCUCAGUCCCCCGACCCAUUUUCUUAAACGAAACCUCAGUUUUGCUUCCCCUCAGCUAAACGGAACCCGAGUCUCCCUGUUGGCAAAACUGUUCUUCAGGAACAAAACUGCCUUUGCUUUUCAAGUCCUGUAUAGUUUUUGGUUCCAGAUGAACCUUUGCGAUCCAUUUUGGUGGGCAUGGGGCAGUAGUUUUGAAUCCCAAUUAAAGGAAAUGUUAUCCCCAUUUAAAAAAUUCCAUACUUCUCACUGUAGACGUGCAAACAUGUGUAUUAUUCAAUCAUUAUGGUUUAGUUUCAUCACUAUACAUGGGGAGGGAGGAUGGGCGUGGAGAGUUCCAGCACUGAGGCAGGAAGCCGGCUGGUUGCGAGGGGCUGUGGGACGGGUCCUCCGGACAGGUCCUGACCUCUCCGGGAACUCUCAGGGCCGAGGACACAAGCCCAGGUCUCCAGGGUUCAGUGCGGCCCUCAUGAGGCGCAAACGCCAAGCGCAGGUGGGAGUGUGGAGGCCCAGCCUCCUCAGCGGUGGCCCGGGUUCCCCCCGCGCAUGCGUAGCAGGCAACCGGAGCCCGCGCCGCCAAGUCGCCAUUGCGGGAAGGCUGUCAUCAGCCCCAGCCGGGCGCCAGCUGCUGGUCCAGCCCCCGGGGCCCAGUCAGCGGGCUUCAUUGGCUCAGGCUGCGGAGCCCUCAGCGCCUUCUCCCGCCCCGGCCCGGGCGGCGGCGGCAGUGGCCUCUGGGGGCGGAGCCGCCAGGAGCGGCCUCCGUGGAGCUGGUAUGCCUUCUCAGAAUGCUGGGCUUUCCCAAGAGGUGACCGUGGAAGAGAAAGAAAUGAAUAAUGGAUUGCAGCUGGCCAGAUCCCAGGAAACACUGACCUUCCAGGACGUGGCUGUGGACUUCACCAGGGAAGAGUGGGACCAGCUGCACCCGACUCAGAAGCACCUCUACCGAGACGUGAUGUUGGAAAACUACCAGAACCUGGUCGCACUUGGACAUCAACUUUAUAAGCCGGAGGUGCUCGUCCAGUUGGAGCACGAGGAGCCGCAGACAACAGAAGCCAGCCCACUGAACACGCUUCCAGAUGAGAAGAACAGACCUGAAAUCCAAAAGCCCACUCUAAACCAGAAUAUUUCUGAUGAAAAUCAAACCAAUGACAUGAUAAUGAAGAGACUAACAGGAGGCAGUUUCUGGUUUUCCAUCUUAGGAGGAUUCUGGGAUUUUGAUUACCAGUUGGAGUUUAAUCAACAAAACCAGCAGAGACAUUUGGGGCAAGUAUCUUUCACCUACAAAAAUAUCCCUCAGGAGAGAAGCCUUGAAUAUAAUAAACUUUCAGAAAGCUGUCGUCUGAACUCAGAUCUUAUUAUGCUUCAAAGAAUUCCUUCAAUUAAAAUACCCACCAAUUCUGACACACAAGGAAAUGGCAUCAGACAUAACACAGACUUGAUUUACUACCAGGGAAACUACAUAAGAGAGAACCCUUAUGAAUAUAAUGAGUGUGGAAAAAUCUUCAAUCAGCACAUUCUUCUUACUAAUCGUCCUCAUACAGGAGAGAAGCCCAGAGAUUGUGGAAAGGCCCUCAGCCACAGUUCAUCUCUUACCCAACCUCAGGUAUUCCUCACAGGAGAGAAACCCUACAAGUGUGAUGAAUGUGGGAAAAGAUUCAGCCAGAGAAUACAUCUUACUCAACAUCAGAGAAUUCACACCGGAGAAAAGCCUUUCACGUGCAGUGAAUGUGGGAAAGCCUUCCGCCAGCAUUCAUCCUUUACUCAACACUUGAGAAUUCACACUGGAGAGAAGCCCUACAAAUGUGACCAGUGUGGCAAAGCCUUUAGCCGGAUCACAUCUCUCACCGAACAUCACAGACUCCAUACUGGAGAGAAGCCCUAUGAAUGUGCUUUUUGUAGGAAAGCCUUCAGCCAGAGGACACAUCUGAAUCAGCAUGAGAGAACCCACACAGGAGAGAAACCCUAUAAAUGUAAUGACUGUGGGAAAGCCUUUAGCCAGAGCGCACACCUUAAUCAACACAGGAAAAUCCAUACUCGGGAAAAAUGGGAACAUAAAUGUGAGAAAACAUUAAACAGUCCUUCACUUAGCACAUAACACAUGGUGGAGAAAUCACACAAAUAUGUAAUGUAGGACUUUUUUUUAUCAGACCUCUUUAUCCCAUUUAGUAUCAAAUUAUUCAUGUCAAGAAAAUUUAAAAAUAAAAUUUUAAUACAUAUAUACCAAAUAAAUACAGAUCUCAAACUAGCAAGAUAUUACAUUCCCAGGAGGGGCUAUAAAUAGCUAAAAUAAUUUAUUUUAUAAACCAGAUUAUAUUAGAAGUCAUUUCCAGAUAGAUAUAUAAAACCUUUUAAAGAAAUAAACAGACGUCCAGCGCCGCGGCUCACUAGGCUAAUCCUCUGCCUUGCGCUGCCGGCACACCGGGUUCUAGUCCCGGUCGGGGCACCGGAUUCUGUCCCGGUUGCCCUUCUUCCAGGCCAGUUCUCUGCUGUGGCCCAGGAGUGCAGUGGAGGAUGGCCCAAGUGCUUGGGCCCUGCACCCCAUGGAAGACCAGGAUAAGCAUCUGGCUCCUGCCAUCGGAUCAGCGCGGUGCACCGGCUACAGCGCACUGGCCGCGGCGGCCAUUGGAGGGUGAACCAACGGCAAAAGGAAGACCUUUCUCUCUGUCUCUCUCUCUCUCUCUCUCUCACUGUUCACCCUGCCUGUCAAAAGCAAAAAAAAAAAAAAAAAGUUCGGAAAAGUCUGCUAUACCAUUCUGUUAUUUUAGCCUUAAAUUUCCCUGUGGCAAACUGCUGUAUUUACAGGUUUUGAAUAGAGUUGGAUUUUUUUCUUUUGUUUUGUUUUUUAUAAUGACCAGUGGCUAAUAAUCCGCAUACCGACUUGGACCACUGUGGAAGAUUUGAGAUAGGGAACUGUACCAGAUGGGGAGCUUUGGAGCCAUAUUGAGGCUAAGAAUCAAGGCAAAGCAUUACUGCCUCAUAGAAACAACUAAGGAAGUAGUUUAAUUGGCUUAAUAAUGUUAUUUAUUAUAACAUUUAUGUAACACUUUUUUCCAAUUUAAUGUGGUUCAGUUUGAUUUUGAUGAUUACUGCUUUGACAGAAGUCUUAUUUUCCCGUUAGGAAGCAUUAUGAACAGAAACUGCCAUAAGCUAUAUGCAGCUGCAAGUAUGGAGAUGCUUUUAUAUCUUGGCUUCCAGUUUUUUCUUGGAAGUUAAGGUAGGACACAGUUCCCUUGUUUUCUCAUCUUUUUCUAUUUUUUAAAAGAUUUAUUUAUUUAUUUAAAAGUCAGAGUAACACAGAAAGAGAGAAGGAGAGGCAGAGAGAGAGAGGUCUUCCAUCCUCUGGUUCACUUCCCAAUUGGCCGCAACUGCUGGAGCUGCAACAAUCCGAAGGCAGGAGCCAAGAGCUUCUUCCAGGUCUCUCAGGCGAAUGCAGGGGUCCAAGGACUUGGGCCAUCUUCCACUGCUUUCCCAGGCCAGAGCAGAGAGCUGGAUCCGAAGUGGAGCAGCCCGGACUCGAACUGGCAUCCAUAUGGGAUGCCAGCACUGCAGGCGGCAGCUUUACCCGCUACACCACAGCGCCAGCCCCUCAUCUUUCUUCUAACCUAUCUCUUAGCUUGAGACUUCCUGAUUUUUCUCCCCUGCAAAAGAUUUUGUAGGUCUUGAGUAAAAAGCUGAAGUGAUUUAAAGACUCUUAAAACUAAAACACUAAACACCAAGAAAAUAAUGUAGCAGGUUUGUUUCAUCACAGAAGUUAACCUUUUGGGGGCUGGCUUAGCCAGCAGGCAUGCAUAUUAAAAAAGGGCAAUGAUUAAUUAUAAUUGGUAGUGGUUUUCAUCAAAGUUUAAUUGUUCAGUUAAAAACAAAACAAAAAAGAAAAAAUGUUUCAUAAACGGUACCAAGGGCUCCAAUAUAAGACAAUGUAUCUCCAUGCAGGUUAAAGACAAAAACAAUGUGGAAUUUUCGGAAGAGAAUCAGUAGAAUUUGUACAACCCAAGACAAGAAAUGUCUGAUGAACCACACCAGAGCUGCCCAAGAAGCUUCAUCAAUUCCUCACACAUAGGAAUAGUACAUUAGAGUCCUAUCAUAUGUUCCUUGGGAUCAUAAGUUGUUAUAUUUAUGUUAAUUGUAGAGUAAACUCACCAUCAUUUUGGUAUGGA